CACCGCGUGGUUACUGCGUGCCCGUCGCUGCGAGGAGUUCUUGCUGGUAUUUCUUUCGUUUGUGGGAAUUAAACGUUAAGUACCACCAGGUUUGAGUACCGUUUUAAGGGUCGUGCAGCUGCAAGCUAGGCCACGGAAUCUGCGCUCUAGAUCCUUCGCUGCUGCCCCCUGGAUGGCACUUGCUUGAGUGGAACAUAUAUUAACGCGAACUGGUGGUGGUUUUAGAUCUAGCCAGCUGGCAGCCAUGAAUGAAUGGAUGAGGAAAGGCCCCUUAGAAUGGCAAGAUUACACGUACAAAGAAGUCAGAGUGACAGCCAGUGAGAAGGAGUAUAAAGGAUGGGUUUUAACCACAGACCCAGUUUCUGCCAAUAUUGUCCUUGUGAACUUCCUGGAAGAUGGCAGCAUGUCUGUGACUGGAAUUAUGGGCCAUGCUGUGCAGACCGUUGAAACUGUGAACGAAGGGGACCAUGGAGUGAGAGAGAAGCUGAUGAAUUUGUUCAUGUCUGGAGACUGCAAGGCCUACAACCCUGAGGAUCUGGAGAAGAGAAAGAACAGCCUAAAGAAAUGGCUCGAGAAGAACCACAUCCCCAUCACAGAACAGGGAGAUUCACGAAGGACUCUGUGUGUGGCUGGGGUUCUGACUAUAGACCCACCGUAUGGUCCAGAAAAUUGCAGCAGUUCUAAUGAGAUUAUUCUCUCCCGUGUUCAGGAUCUUAUUCAAGGACAUCUUGCAGCUUGCCAAUGAGAGGCCAAGAACUAUGGAUGCAUCAAUUGAAAUAACAUUUCAUUUUUUUUCUUCAUAAAAUGUUUUGAAUGUUAAAUCCAUCAUAUUACAAGACUUCAAAGGCACACAGUUGUGUGUGUGUGUUUGAGUUUUAAUUCUAUGUUGUUUUGGUAAAAUCAAAGAUCUGGAUUAUAAGUGCUAAUAAAUAAUCAAACUAUGGCAAAGCUAGCAUCACAUGCAACAAAAUAGCACAAGGACAUUAGAAUUGUAAGAGUCUUUUGUUGGUGGGAGUACACCUCCAUUUUUGUUAGGCAAGAAACACAUGUUAGAUUCAAUAUAAAAUGUCUUGUUAAGCCCCUUGCACUAACUGUAUGUGUCUGUUUUAAAAUAUUUAUUGUGUAAGGAUGAAAUCGCUUUUGAAUCAGAAUCUAUUGGAAUAUAUGCUUUUUUGGUUGAAACUUGAAAAGUUUUAACUACUUGUAAAAUCUUACCACGUAAGUUGUUUAACUUUCAAAGCCUUUACAGUGAGCCCUGGCUGAUAUCUCUGACGAAAAAGGUAAAUGUGACAAGUAUUCUGCUCCUGCACUGAACCCAGUUCCCGUGCCUGGUGGAUUCAGCCAAGGCCUUCAGCCCAUGCUGCUUUCUGCCUGUAGCCCCCAUUCCCGGGUCAGGCUUCACUGAGGGGAGAGAAUGCAGGAAGCAUGCCUCACUAUACCUGGUCCUACCCCUUGGAAGCCAGGCAGGGGCCAGGACUCGAUAUGGAGGUUUCUGGCCUAGAAACCGAGGGAGGUACCUCAGAUUGUCGGUUGGGUGUCUUCUCGGGGGCAGGUCAGAUUAGAACCCCUAGGCCUCUGACUCCCUAGGACAAGGGUCAGCAAACUUUGAGCCCUUGGGACAAAUGCAGCCUGCUGCCUCCAUUUGAUAAAAGUUUUCCUGGAACACAGCCAUACCCACUGGUUUACGUAUUUUCUGUGGCUGCUUUUGAGCCAUAGUGGCAGAUUUGAAUAUUGUAACACAAACUAUAUGGCUUAUAUUUACAGAAAACUACAGCCCUGCCCUAGGCGUGUGGGGUGGGUGUCUUUAUGAUAAUCACCUGUGACCUACAAAGAAUAACCAGACCCUAAAAGGGAAGUAAGCCAUUG